AUGUCGGAGGUAUUCUCGGACACCAUCAGGCUCCAGGUCUCAAGUCAGCAGAAAAUACAUCGUCACUUUGAGAAGAAUACUCUCAAUGAGAACGUGUACAGUGCCUUUGAGAAGAAUACUCUCAUUGAGAACGUCUACAGUGCCUCUGAGAAGAAUACUCUCAUUGAGAACGUCUACAGUGCCUUUCAGAAGAAUACUCUCAUUGAGAACGUCAACAGUGCCUUUGAGAAGAAUACUCUCAUUGUGAACGUCUACAGUGCCUUUGAGAAGAAUACUCUCAUUGAGAACGUCUACAGUGACUUUGAGAAGAAUACUCUCAUUGAGAACGUCUACAGUGACUUUGAGAAGAAUACUCUCAUUGAGAUCGUCUGCAGUGACUUAGAGAAGAAUAAUCUUAUUGAGAACGUCUACAGUGCCUUUGAGAAGAAUACUCUCAUUGUGAACGUCUACAGUGACUUUGAGAAGAAUACUCUCAUUGAGAACGUCUACAGUGACUUUGAGAAGAAUACUCUCAUUGAGAACGUCUACAGUGCCUUUGAGAAGAAUACUCUCAUUGUGAACGUCUACAGUGACUUUGAUAAGAAUACUCUCAUUGAGAACGUCUACAGUGACUUUGAGAAGAAUAUUCUCUUUGAGAACGUCUACAGUGCCUUUGAGAAGAAUACUCUCAUUGAGAACGUCUACAGUGACUUUGAGAAGAAUACUCUCAUUGAGAACGUCUACAGUGCCUUUGAGAAGAAUACUCUCAUUGUGAACGUCUACAGUGACUUUGAGAAGAAUACUCUCAUUGAGAACGUCUACAGUGACUUUGAGAGGAAUAUUCUCUUUGAGAACGUCUACAGUGCCUUUGAGAAGAAUACUCUCAUUGUGAACGUCUACAGUGACUUUGAGAAGAAUACUCUCAUUGAGAACGUCUACAGUGACUUUGAGAAGAAUACUCACAUUGUGAACGUCUACAGUGACUUUGAGAAGAAUACUCUCAUUGAGAACGUCUACAGUGACUUUGAGAAGAAUAUUCUCUUUGAGAACGUCUACAGUGCCUUUGAGAAGAAUACUCUCAUUGAGAACGUCUACAGUGACUUUGAGAAGAAUACUCUCAUUGAGAACGUCUACAGUGUCUUUGAGAAGAAUACUCUCAUUGUGAACGUCUACAGUAACUUUGAGAAGAAUACUCUCAUUGAGAACGUCUACAGUGCCUUUGAGAAGAAUACUCACAUUGUGAACGUCUACAGUGACUUUGAGAAGAAUAUUCUCAUCGAGAACGUCUACAGUGCCUUUGAGAAGAAUAUUUUCUUUGAGAAGAAUACUCUCAUUGAGAACGUCUACAGUGCCUUUGAGAAGAAUACUCACAUUGUGAACGUCUACAGUGACUUUGAGAAGAAUAUUCUCAUCGAGAACGUCUACAGUGCCUUUGAGAAGAAUAUUUUCUUUGAGAAGAAUACUCUCAUUGAGAACGUCUACAGUGCCUUUGAGAAGAAUACUCACAUUGUGAACGUCUACAGUGACUUUGAGAAGAAUAUUCUCAUUGAGAACGUCUACAGUGCCUUUGAGAAGAAUACUCUCAUUGAGAACGUCUACAGUGCCUUUGAGAAGAAUACUCUCAUUGAGAACGUCUACAGUGCCUUUGAGAAGAAUACUCUCAUUGAGAACGUCUACAGUGACUUUGAGAAGAAUACUCUCAUUGAGAACGUCUACAGUGCCUUUGAGAAGAAUACUCUCAUUGAGAACGUCUACAGUGACUUUGAGAAGAAUACUCUCAUUGAGAACGUCUACAGUGCCUUUGAGAAGAAUACUCUCAUUGAGAACGUCUACAGUGACUUUGAGAAGAAUACUCUCAUUGAGAACGUCUACAGUGACUUUGAGAAGAAUACUCUCAUUGAGAACGUCUACAGUGACUUUGAGAAGAAUACUCUCAUUGAGAACGUCUACAGUGCCUUUGAGAAGAAUACUCUCAUUGAGAACGUCUACAGUGCCUUUGAGAAGAAUACUCUCAUUGUGAACGUCUACAGUGACUUUGAGAAGAAUACUCUCAUUGAGAACGUCUACAGUGACUUUGAGAAGAAUACUCUCAUUGAGAACGUCUACAGUGCCUUUGAGAAGAAUACUCUCAUUGAGAACGUCUACAGUGACUUUGAGAAGAAUACUCUCAUUGAGAACGUCUACAGUGACUUUGAGAAGAAUACUCUCAUUGAGAACGUCUACAGUGCCUUUGAGAAGAAUACUCUCAUUGAGAACGUCUACAGUGACUUUGAGAAGAAUACUCUCAUUGAGAACGUCUACAGUGACUUUGAGAAGAAUACUCUCAUUGAGAACGUCUACAGUGCCUUUGAGAAGAAUACUCUCAUUGAGAACGUCUACAGUGACUUUGAGAAGAAUACUCUCAUUGAGAACGUCUACAGUGACUUUGAGAAGAAUACUCACAUUGUGAACGUCUACAGUGACUUUGAGAAGAAUACUCUCAUUGAGAACGUCUACAGUGACUUUGAGAAGAAUAUUCUCUUUGAGAACGUCUACAGUGCCUUUGAGAAGAAUACUCUCAUUGAGAACGUCUACAGUGACUUUGAGAAGAAUACUCUCAUUGAGAACGUCUACAGUGUCUUUGAGAAGAAUACUCUCAUUGUGAACGUCUACAGUGACUUUGAGAAGAAUACUCUCAUUGAGAACGUCUACAGUGCCUUUGAGAAGAAUACUCACAUUGUGAACGUCUACAGUGACUUUGAGAAGAAUAUUCUCAUUCGAGAACGUCUACAUGACUUUGAGAAGAAUAUUCUCAUUGAGAACGUCUACAGUGCCUUUGAGAAGAAUAUUUUCUCUGAGAAGAAUACUCUCAUUGAGAACGUCUACAGUGCCUUUGAGAAGAAUACUCACAUUGUGAACGUCUACAGUGACUUUGAGAAGAAUAUUCUCAUUGAGAACGUCUACAGUGCCUUUGAGAAGAAUACUCUCGUUGAGAACGUCUACAGUGACUUUGAGAAGAAUAUUCUCAUUGAGAACGUCUACAGUGCCUUUGAGAAGAAUACUCUCGUUGAGAACGUCUACAGUGCCAUUGAGAAGAAUACUCUCAUUGAGAACGUCUUCAGUGCUUUUGAGAAGAAUACUCUCAUUGAGAACGUCUACAGUGACUUUGAGAAGAAUACUCUCAUUGAGAACGUCUACAGUGCCUUUGAGAAGAAUUCUCUAGUUGAGAACGUCUACAGUGCCUUUGAGAAGAAUACUCUCAUUGAGAACGUCUUCAGUGCUUUUGAGAAGAAUACUCUCAUUGAGAACGUCUACAGUGACUUUGAGAAGAAUAUUCUCAUUGAGAACGUCUACAGUGCCUUUGAGAAGAAUACUCUCGUUAAGAACGUCUACAGUGCCUUUGAGAAGAAUACUCUCAUUGAGAACGUCUUCAGUGCUUUUGAGAAGAAUACUCUCAUUGAGAACGUCUACAGUGACUUUGAGAAGAAUAUUCUCAUUGAGAACGUCUACAGUGCCUUUGAGAAGAAUAUUUUCUUUGAGAAGAAUACUCUCAUUGAGAACGUCUACAGUGCCUUUGAGAAGAAUACUCACAUUGUGAACGUCUACAGUGACUUUGAGAAGAAUAUUCUCAUUGAGAACGUCUACAGUGCCUUUGAGAAGAAUACUCUCGUUGAGAACGUCUACAGUGACUUUGAGAAGAAUAUUCUCAUUGAGAACGUCUACAGUGCCUUUGAGAAGAAUACUCUCGUUGAGAACGUCUACAGUGCCAUUGAGAAGAAUACUCUCAUUGAGAACGUCUUCAGUGCUUUUGAGAAGAAUACUCUCAUUGAGAACGUCUACAGUGACUUUGAGAAGAAUACUCUCAUUGAGAACGUCUACAGUGCCUUUGAGAAGAAUACUCUCAUUGUGAACGUCUACAGUGACUUUGAUAAGAAUACUCUCAUUGAGAACGUCUACAGUGACUUUGAGAAGAAUAAUCUCAUUGAGAACGUCUACAGUGCCUUUGAGAAGAAUACUCUCAUUGAGAACGUCUACAGUGACUUUGAGAAGAAUACUCUCAUUGAGAACGUCUACAGUGCCUUUGAGAAGAAUACUCUCAUUGUGAACGUCUACAGUGCCUUUGAGAAGAAUACUCUCAUUGAGAACGUCUUCAGUGCUUUUGAGAAGAAUACUCUCAUUGAGAACGUCUACAGUGACUUUGAGAAGAAUAUUCUCAUUGAGAACGUCUACAGUGCCUUUGAGAAGAAUACUCUCGUUGAGAACGUCUACAGUGCCUUUGAGAAGAAUACUCUCAUUGAGAACGUCUUCAGUGUUUUUGAGAAGAAUACUCUCAUUGAGAACGUCUACAGUGACUUUGAGAAGAAUACUCUCAUUGAGAACGUAUACAGUGACUUUGAGAAGAAUAUUCUCAUUGAGAACGUCUACAGUGCCUUUGAGAAGAAUACUCUCAUUGAGUACGUCUACAGUGACUUUGAGAAGAAUACUAUCAUUGAGAACGUUAUCGAGCUCCACUGUGGAAUGAUCAGAGAGAAUAUUGUGACAGGGAAAUUUUAG